AUGGCAACCACCGCCACCUACUCCUCCACCGCGCAGAUCCCCUUCCUCUCCCCGGCUGAGCUCUCCUACUUACACACCUCCCUCUCCUACCCGCACAACCCAAUCCGCACAGAUGGGCGCGCCGCAACGCAGUUCCGCCCACUCACGGCGGAGACGGAUAUUCUCCCAGGCGCCAACGGGAGUGCGCGUAUUGGAUUUGCGGAUGGGACGCAGGCGAUUGUCGGGGUUAAGGCGGAGGUGGAGAGGACGGUUGUUGGUGGGGUUUUGGAUCGGGAGGGGGGGAUUGAGGGGGAGGAAAAUGGGGAGGGAGGAGGAGGAGAAGGCGGCGGGCAGGAGGGCUGGAGGGGAAAGGGGAGGGGUGGGGAGAGCUCGUGGGUGGAGAUGUCGAUUGAGAUACCGGGGUUGAGAGACGAUGAUUCGUUGCCUGUGUUUUUGGCGGAGAUGAUGAGGGAGGCGUUGAUGGUUUCUGGGUCUGGGGAGAGGGAUGAGUUGAAGGGGAGAUUGGUUAUCAAUGGAGGGUGGCAUUGGAGAAUCUAUAUCGAUAUCCUCCUUGUCUCCCCACCUCUCUCGUAUCCCCUCCCGCUCCUCUCGCUAACAACGCAUCUUGCUCUCCUCUCCACGAAAUUACCUCGCCUCAUUUCCGGGGACGAAGAGGAUCCCAUGUUUGACGACGACUGGGCUGCUGCGGAGUAUCUAUACCCACGACGCCCAUCACGGGCACAGGAACAGCAACAAAAAAUACCAAGUUCGGCAACAUCAGCUACGAAAACAACAACAGCAACAACAACAACACCGUCCAUACUCCACCCCUUCCGUCCUCCCGUAACCCUCCUCGUAAUCUCCGUAGGCGACAACAUAAUCUUCGACCCCAGCCGGGAAGAAAUCGCCGUUGCAGAAGCUGUGCUUGCCGUCUCCAUCGGGCGUGAUACUGCCAUCGCCCAGGAUGAAAGCACAGCCAACAACACCCUAAAACUCCUCUCCAUCCGCACCAUUGACCCGCCUUCCCGGAUAACAAAUCCAGGCGUCCCGAAUUCAGAAAAUGCAGCUACGAUUGGGUUUGCGGCUGGUGGCGGUGCAGGUGCAGGCGAGAACGAGAUGGGCACGGCGGGGCCCGCGGGGGCAGCCGUUGAUACAGGGGAAGAUGUGGCUGGCGUUUGGAGGCCGAGGAGGGGCGGGGUGAAGAGGAGUGUCGUUUCGAGGAUUGUGGAGAUGGUUUUAAAGAAGGGCGGGGUUGGAGAGGAAGUUAUGGAAGGGUUGGAGGGGGUGGAGGUUGGGUGA